GCAUUUUGAGUGGGUUUUCCAAGGGAUUGAUUUGCACAAGGACAUUGAAAAAACGGUUUGCUAUAAAACGGAGGUUUGCAAGAGUUCCUCACUACCCACUUCUUCAACGUGGUUAGUAAGCAGGUUUAAGGAGCUUCAACAUGAAAUUUUUGAUUUUUGCCCUUCUGGUCCUAUCGGUGAGUGCCGAUUACCACUCCUAUUCUCCAUAUUCCUAUGGUUCUUAUAACAUUCCAUCGUCGUACUCUCAAGGACUAGGCUAUGGAUUAGGCUACGGCAGCUCUUUGUAUGGUUCUUCCUAUGGCGGAUAUGGAAGCUACUACCAACCAGCCAGCUAUUCAUCUGGAAGUUAUUAUGAGACUGCCGAUGUUGAACCAAUGUUGGACACGGUUUAUGAAGCUCCCAAGUAUCACUACAAGAAUGUUGCCGUUGCACCCAAAUACACAACUUCUUACGUUAGCAAGCCAGCCGCAAGAUCUUACGCUGCUCCUGCAGUAAGCUACAUUCAAGAAGCUAAACCAGCUGUCACUUCUUACGUAUCCCCUGCCAUUAGCUAUGCUAAACCUGCUCGAACAUCCUACGUGGCACCUGCCGUAAGCUAUGCCAAGCCCGCAGUCACAUCCUACGUGGCACCAGCCGUAACCUACGCUAAGCCUGCUGUUCAAUCCUACGUAGCACCGUCCUUCCGCUACACCAAGCCUGCAGCCAGAUCUUACGUAGCACCCGCCAUCACCUAUGAAAAGCCUUCAGUCACCUCCUACGUGGCCCCCACCGUCACAUAUGAAAAGCCUUCAGUCACCUCCUACGUGGCACCCGCUGUCACCCACACCCACGUCCAACCAGCAGUCACAUCUUACGUAGCACCAGCCGUGAGCUACGCCAAGCCAGCAGUGACGUCCUACGUAGCACCAGCCGUGAGCUACGCCAAGCCAGCAGUGACAUCCUACGUUGCACCCGCCAUCAGCUACGCCAAGCCAGCUGUCACAUCCUACGUUGCACCAGCCGUCAGCUACGCCAAGCCAGCAGUCGCAUCAUACAGUUACGUUGAAGAUGCUAAACCAGCUGUCGUAAGCUACAGUGCAGACCUUGGAGAUUCCUCUUACAAUAGGUAUUACGAAAACGCCUCUCCCAUUUACAGCUUCUCGGCUGAUAGUUAUCCUUCAUACACAUACUCCUCCUCUUCAAUCCUAAACCCAUUCUCCUACACUAAUUCGUACGGCUCUUACGGCUCUUCUCCUUACAGCUAUUACUACAAGAAGUAAAGUGAAACUAGGAAAAAUGAAAUGUCUUUCGAUGCUUUGAGGAACUCUUUAUAUCCAAGUUCGUAGAACUGCCCCUUUGCUUUAAAAAUGACUUUCUUUGUGAAUAUUUCAAACUAAAAAAAGACAAAAAAUAAAGAAAAAACUCGUGCCAUUAUUUUGUUUCA